AUGCUUUUUGACGAUCAACAUCACCCUCUCACUCUUGUCAAGCCAUAUUCAUCUGAUGUUCCCUUGGAAAACCAGGAGGACUGCAAGAUCAUUACAGGAACGUCAGAAAACCAGGAGGACUGCAAGAUCUGUAAUGACGACCUAACGAAAGAGAAUUGGCUAUAUUAUUGUGCUCUGUGCCACUAUCAAACCCAUGUCAGAUGCUCAAUUUCCCGGUCAAAGCCUGUGAGGUGA